AUGGUGUCCUGGGGCCCCGCGCGCCUGUAUGUAGGCCUCUGGGACUUUGAGGCCCGCACCGCUGAGGAGCUGAGCUUCCGGGCCGGGGACCUGUUCCGUGUGGCUAGGCAGGAGGAGGACUGGUGGUGGGCUACGCGGCUGGAUGCCGCCGGCAGAGACCUAGCCCAGGGCUACGUGCCCCAGAACUACCUGGCUGAGAAGGAGACAGUGGAAUCGGAGCCGUGGUUCUUUGGCUCCAUCUCCCGCUCGGAGGCCCUUCACCGGCUCCAGGCAGAUAGCAACGGGCAGGGGGCCUUCCUGGUGCGGGUCAGCGAGAAGUCAGGAGCAGACUACGUCCUCUCAGUCCGGGACAAGCAGACCGUGCGACACUACAAGAUCUGGCGCUGCACCGACGGGCGCUUCCACCUGAAUGAGACGGUGUCCUUCCCCAGCCUGGCUGAGCUAGUGGACUACCACCGUAGCCAGAGCCUGUCCCAUGGCCUGUGCCUCACCAUGCCCUGCUGGAAGCACGAGCCCAAGCCACUGCCCCACUGUGACGACUGGGAGCAGCCCAGGGAAGAGUUCACACUCUGCCGGAAGCUGGGCUCUGGCUACUUCGGGGAUGUCUUUGAAGGGCUCUGGAAAGAGCAGGUCCGAGUGGCCAUCAAGGUGAUCGCCCGAGAUGACCUCCUGCACCAGCAUGCAUUCCAGGCGGAGAUGCAGGCCAUGAAGAAACUGCGGCACAAGCACAUCCUGGCACUGUACGCGGUGGCAUCUGUGGGGGACCCAGUGUACAUCAUCACAGAGCUCAUGCCCAAGGGGAACCUGCUGGAGCUGCUGCGGGACUCUGACCCGAAGGCCCUCCCUGUCUCGGAGCUGGUGGAUAUCGCGUCUCAGGUGGCGGAGGGCAUGUGCUACCUGGAGUCACAGAACUACAUCCACCGGGACCUGGCUGCCAGAAACAUCCUUGUGGGGGACCACAACAUCUGCAAAGUGGGGGACUUUGGACUGGCCAGGCUCAUGAAGGAGGACAUCUACCUGUCCCGUAACCACACCAUCCCCUACAAGUGGACGGCUCCUGAAGCGCUCUCCCGGGGACACUACUCCACCAAGUCGGACGUCUGGUCCUUCGGGGUUCUCCUCCAUGAGAUUUUCAGCAGGGGCCAGAUCCCCUAUGCAGGCAUGUCCAACCAUGAGGCAUUCCAGAAGGUGGAUGCAGGCUACCGCAUGCCCUGCCCCCCGGAGUGCCCGCCCUCUGUGCACAGGCUGAUGCUGGCAUGCUGGCAGCACAACCCUGAACACAGACCCUGCUUCAAGGCCCUGACUGAGAAGCUCUUCAGCUUCGCCAGCUACGAGAACCUGCUCUGA